AGGGCAAACAACCCCCCUUAUAGUUAAAAUGCUCUCAUUUUUCAACCAAAUCCAAACCCUAAACUGCGCCUCUCCCGAUUUCUUCUUCUUCACUUUGAGGUUUGAGCAGAUCCUAUGGCACCAAAGAAAGACAAGGCCCCUCCACCUUCUUCCAAGCCAGCAAAGUCUGGUGGUGGCAAGCAAAAGAAGAAGAAGUGGAGCAAGGGAAAGCAAAAGGAGAAGGUGAACAACAUGGUGUUGUUUGACCAGGCUACUUAUGAUAAGCUUUUAUCUGAGGCUCCUAAAUAUAAGCUCAUCACUCCCUCAAUUUUGUCUGAUCGUAUGAGGAUUAAUGGGUCCCUUGCUAGGAAGGCUAUAAGGGAAUUGAUGGCAAGAGGAUCGAUUCGUUUGGUGUCUGCCCAUUCGAGCCAGCAGAUUUACACUAGGGCAACCAACACCUAGAUCCUUUGUUAUAUUUUUGCUUAAAUUAGUUCUAUGUAGUAUUUGCCUUUCUUGACUUUCUAUAAAUGAUUUUUCCUUUUUAUAGACCUCCAUCUAUAAUGUGUGAGCUACAGUUUCUUGUUGUACUGGUUUAAUGGAUAAGUUUUUGUUCCUCAAAA